AUUCUUUCAGCACCAGAUUACGAGUCUUCUACGCGUGUUCUUGUGACGUUACUUAACUCCACUCAAUCAACAAUGGCUCAUCGCGACCGGAUGAUGACGGCAUACCUGAGAUCAGCCACCACGACAAUGAUGCUUCUCCUUCUCACCUUGCCAUCGCUGCUAACAGGAACUUGGUCGGGACUUGUCACGGCGACUGAUACAUCGGCAGCAACAACUUGCACUUUUACGUCGAGGAAUUACGCGGUCGGCGACGUCUGGUACCCACGACUCGGUCAACGAGGAGCCCUUCAUUGCGUCGCUUGCAUUUGCCAAGAGGGCGGUAAAAUCAACUGCACCAUCCACGAAUGCGGCGGAGAGGAGUGCACGUCGCCCGAAUCUGCCGCCACUAACGAAUGCUGCAUCCACUGCGCAAAAGAGGCAAAAUCAUCGACUUUGAUGGCCGCGUCAACACGUCCCGCAUCUCUCUAUCCAGAUGAAGUUCCAGUCUCUUCUUUCUCCUCUUCGGAUCUGAGUGGCAGUUCGACGUCACCUGGCGUCACCUGUUUGCAUAAUGGCAACGUCUAUCGUCACAAGGAGCGUUUCACUUCUUCUAACGUCGGCCUCAAACCGGAACACCCCGAUCAGUGCGUUCAGUGCUCUUGCGAGGGCGGAAUGGUCAUGUGCCAACUAAAAGAUUGCCCCAAAGCCGACUGUGAAAAGCCGAUCCGGACCAAAGACGAUUGCUGCCCUGUCUGUCCAGAUCCAGCUGGUAGAGUGGACGAAAUGGACAAUUCUCCCGUUAUCAUUCAACAGCAGACGGAUGGAAUAAACGGCAAAAUGGAAGAUUGCAUCUCCGGUGGCCGGUAUUACCUUCACGGGACGACUUGGCAUCCGGUGAUGGGACCGUUCGGGCCAAUGGACUGCGUCAAUUGCAAAUGCAAAUCUGGCAGGAUCGAAUGCCAACGUUUGGAAUGCCCCAGUCGGCCGGCACUCGGCUGCGAAAGACCCGUCAAAGUUGCCGGUCGCUGCUGUCCCGUCUGUCCACUUUACGAAGGAGACAUUCAAGGUCCCGUGACGCCUUUGCUCUCGUCUUCGCCCAUCACUGGGACACGGUCCAACAUUCAAGGAACAUCUGGAAUGGACAGUAGCAGCAAAAUCAGGACAUCUAAUCGACCUUUGCCGCCCCAUUCCUCGUCUUCGCUCAUCAAGUCCUCCACCCAUCACGCCAACUUUACGUUGUGCUUGCCCAAGGAAUACGACGUCGUUGUCUACCGCGCACAAGGAGGUGGCAACGCUUCUGAAUUCAUUCAGUACAUCUUUCAGCAAGUGGUCAACGGCUAUGCCAUCGAACACCACCUUUGGAUGCUACAGCCCAUGGUGACAACUUACAAAGUACAAGAUCUGACCAGGGACCAGUCCGAGGCUCUCCGUCAACGGUUUCGCUUUGUCCUUCUUGGUGCCACUGCCACAAAACACGUCAAACGAUUCACCAAACGCGAAAAGAAACUGAAACCAAAGUGUUUGCCAAAUUCUGGUUGCCCGAAAAAGAUCCGUCGUCUAGAACGAAACCUCGUGCUCCAAGAAGUCACCAGCCGCAGGGCGUGUUUACCAAUAGAAGUGGAAGCCAAUACUCGUUGAAUACUUAUAAUCAAAAUUGUUUGUCAUGACGGGUCGUCAUUAUUGUUAUAUGUCGAUUCGAAUUCACUCAUACGAACUUCCAACAACUUGCAAUGACAACUGAAAUUCAAUCCAAAAACAAAACACGGCUCUCUGUUACUGAAAACUUCAGUUGUCCGAUCGUAUUAGCAUUGGCCGUUCCAUCUACUCUAUAAUUCAAAUGAUCUUUAACGACAUUUAUGUGACAAUAAGCAAACUAUUUAUCUUAAUUGUCUGGUGUAUACUAUUUGUGGUUUUAACGGUAUGAUUAUUGAAUUUUGAAAAUAGUUGGAUGGAAGUCGUGCUUGGCCCAUGCGUGUCUGACAUAGUAACCUGGUAUAAGUGAUAUCAUCCCCUCCACUCUUCUCUGUCUGUCAUCUUGCUUACGUCAUUCAUUUUUGCCAAUGUCGCUACAUAUAUUCGUUAAAAAAUGUUCCCCUCUCCUAAUUCCUACUGUACAACUGGCGAUCAAAGGCGUUGAGGUUGAUUGCCGAAAGCGAUCUGAUCAACAAAUUAAAACACAAUUUUCAAUAUUUUUUUGGCUGAAUGAAUGAAUUAAUGGACGUGCGUAGCAUAUUUGUUUCAUGUAUCCGUAUUACGCGUUGUUUAUCUUUUGAAAUCAAGAGCCAUUAAGGUGUCACACUAUCCCCUCUUGCGUGCUGGACACGAAUAAUUUCAUGUGGCUUUUCAUCCAUUAUUUUCAUCGUUGUCCGUCUCCGAAACUUUUAAUUUUUGACGACAGUUUAAUGACGAAAGUAUGAUGGGGUUUUGUUGAUCAAACGUCAUCUAGUUAGCAAUCACAAAACGGGGGAAAAGGAGAAUCGAAGUCAAUGAUCUAUCGGAGAAUAAUUUUUUAAAAAAUUGUGCUCUCGAGUAACGUUGGGAAGGUGUAUCUAGUAGGCUAACAGGACGAACACAAAGCUAAUCACUUCUUGUUUUUGAUCUGCUAAUAUUACAUUAUAUAGAUGCCAAUGUAACGCAGACAUUGAGAGUUGCCCUUUCCUAAUUCUUCGGUCUUUAUCGCACCCACUUUCUCGAUGGCUUGCUUUUCAAAUCUUUGUUAAUUACAGUCUCGAUUGCGUUUUCAACAGAUUUUAAUGAUAUCCGUUGGGUCAAGCCACAUAUGACCUACUUUUCCCAUCCACCAAACCGUGUCAAUAUCGCCCCUCCCAUACCUGCUGCUGAUUUUAUUGCGCCUGUCCCUUUCUGUCAAUACCACUGAGCCGCUACAAAUUCUUUAUCAAAUGUUCAGAAUUCUUUACUUUUCUCACUGUUUUGUCUGUUAUCUGGUUUCCCCUUUUCUUUUUCGAAAAAAAAUUUUUUUAACAUAAAUUCAAAUAGAAUUUAAAAUUAGUUCAAAAAAAAAAGAGAAGAAAGAAACUGGCGCUUAUGACUAGUCUUAUUAAGUGCAUGCCGUUGCAUUUGCAUUUUUUUUUUACUCAGAAUUUGCAUAUGGUAACUCAUUUGCUACCUAUCGAAAAGAGGCAAAACCAAAUACCAUUCAGUUGCCGAAACAAAGGUGUAUGAUCCUUUGUUGUUAUCCAUAACAAUAACUACAGUCCGGUUGUCUUUGCAGAAAUCGAAACAGUCCAUUUAAUGUUUUAUUUUUGCUUUCGCCGGGGAAAUGAAUUGUUCUAUGUUUAACCUGUGUUUGUCGUUUUUGUUGUUGCGUUUUUUUUUGUUUUUUUUUUGUUUUAGACAUCCAAGUUUUCGAAACAUUUGUUGUAAACUUGGAAUAUACCGUCGUUUUCACACUGUAUGAAAUCAUGAAUAAUUCUACACUUUGACAAGGAAACACAUGAAAAAUGUACCCUCCAAAAUUCUUGGUAUGUGCGAGUUGGAAGCCGAUUAAGUGUAACAUAAAUGUACAGACGAUCAAACAGGUAAAAGAAAAUCCCGAAGUGCUUCAAAGUUGCCAUCCAAAGUUGCCAUUAUUAUAAUUGUCACUUAUAUAGUAUGGUUCAAUACGUUGAAAUAAUAAAAAUCUUAUUUUCAGUUCUAAA